CCCGGAUGUCCGGGCGCAGCGGGCCCUUGGGCUGAUCCUGGAGCUUCUCCAGGGAAACUUCCCAGCGGCCAAUGGCUGUCGAUAUUCAACCAGCAUGCCUUGGACUUUACUGUGGGAAGACCCUAUUAUUUAAAAAUGGCUCAACUGAACUAUAUGGAGAAUGUGGGGUGUGUCCAAGAGGCCAGAGAACAAACGCGCAGAAAUACUGUCAGCCUUGCACAGAGUCUCCCGAGCUCUAUGACUGGCUCUAUCUUGGCUUCAUGGCUAUGCUUCCUCUUGUUUUGCAUUGGUUCUUCAUUGAAUGGUACUCGGGGAAAAAGAGUUCCAGUGCACUUUUCCAGCACAUCACCGCAUUAUUUGAAUGCAGCAUGGCAGCUAUCAUCACCUUACUUGUGAGUGAUCCAGUCGGUGUUCUUUAUAUCCGUUCAUGCCGGGUAUUGAUGCUUUCUGAUUGGUACACGAUGCUUUACAACCCAAGUCCAGAUUACGUCACCACCGUGCACUGUACUCAUGAAGCUGUCUACCCACUCUACACCAUUGUAUUUAUCUACUAUGCGUUCUGCUUGGUGUUAAUGAUGCUGCUCCGACCUCUGCUGGUAAAGAAGAUUGCCUGUGGCUUAGGGAAGUCGGAUCGAUUUAAAAGUAUUUAUGCUGCACUUUACUUCUUCCCCAUUUUAACCGUGCUUCAGGCAGUUGGUGGAGGCCUUUUAUAUUACGCCUUCCCGUACAUUAUAUUGGUGUUAUCUUUGGUUACUCUGGCUGUGUACAUGUCGGCCUCUGAAAUAGAGAACUGCUAUGAUCUCCUAGUCAGGAAGAAAAGACUCAUUGUUCUCUUCAGCCACUGGCUACUGCAUGCUUACGGGAUAAUCUCCAUCUCCAGAGUGGAUAAACUCGAGCACGACUUACCCCUUUUGGCUCUGGUACCCACGCCAGCCCUUUUUUACUUGUUCACAGCAAAGUUUACUGAACCUUCACGGAUACUCUCAGAAGGAGCCAAUGGACACUGAAUAUAACAUGCCAAAACCCCUAAGAAGUAUUCUUAAUAAAAAAGUAAAGAAAUAAAAAAUGCAUUAGUUCUCUUCUGUCAUACGUGGGAAUGAGAUUGUCAGUAUAUCGUAAUGUUUUUGGUUGGUUGAUUUUGUUUUUGACCUAAGACUUGAUGGUUAGACUUAGAAAAUACAAACACUGUAAUGCUCUGUUACAUGGUAUAAUACACUGUCCCGCUUAUAGCACACUAUUACAUGACACAGGAAGCCUAUCUCUUGCAACAAUUUAGUUAUUUAGAGCAAAAACAUGUUUCCGUGGACCUAGCGAUAUGUUGUUUUUGUUUUUAUUAAACACUUUAAUAAGUAUAAUAUGGAAUUCUUAGCUCUGGCCCAAUUGUGCUUGCCUGAUGUGUUUCAACCUGGCUUUCAAGUGUAAUGAAUUAAAAAGACACAUACCUGUGGGGUCUGAUAG